AUGCCACCCCCCAAUGUUACCGGCUCACUGCAUAUGGGCCAUGCAAUGUUUGUGACACUCGAGGUUAGAGAGUUGAAGGCAAAACAUUUUUCGGAAAAUGAAAAUUCUUUUUCUUGGACUUGAAUGAUUUUGGAGCGAUACAACUCGCUGAUGUGUGUUAUGGUAAACAUAUCUUUGAGCGUCUAUUUUCUUUACUUGAGGAAUCAUAACUUGGUUCACCAUAUGAAAAGUUCACCUUAUAUCUUCAACUUGGGAUGGAUGUUUUCAGUAAUGAGCUUAUUGUUGAAGAUAUUUGUUUUCAGUGGGAUGUAUGUUUUUAGUAACACUUACAUGAGGAUGGGCAUGAUCUGAUAAUAAGUUGCAACUGAGCUUUGUGAUUUUUAUAAAAUCAUUUAGAGCUUAGUGCUUUACUUAUAAAAAGAUCAAUUUGUUCCCAUAUCUCCACUGCUAAAUUUCCUUAUUUGAAAGUUGGAAAUUGGUUGUGAAAAUUGACCUGAGUUUGUGCCAAAAAUCCAUACGGAAUUUCUAGUAUUUGCGGCAGUUGAGUAACAUGAAAGAAUUGGUGGUAACUCUAAUCAAAAGCUUCAGAUCGGCGUGGGAGUUUUCUUUUGCCGUGUAAUUCAACAUAUUACUUCUACCUUAGCUUAUUUUUGUUGAUUUGUUUAGAUUGAUAUUUCCAUUACUGAUAACAGUUGUGACAUUCUUAAUAUUUUGCACUACAUGGUAAACUACUUGCUCCUAUUCUUUAUGCUCUGACCAACAUUGCGAUUUUGUGCUCUAUCUAACUUUGUGAUUUUGUGAUGUUAUGUAGAGUUCAUAGAAUGCAAAUUAAGACUUAAAUCGUAUAAAAUCUGUUUUCUUUCUGUCAGGACAUCAUGGCUAGAUAUGCACGUAUGAAAGGACAGCCUACACUUUGGCUUCCAGGAACUGAUCAUGCUGGUAUUGCCACUCAGGUUGGUUUUGUUAGCUCAAAUGAAAAAUAAAGGAUGCUUUUAGAUGUAUUCUUUGGAGGAUCUUUCUGAGAACUCGCUGUGUAUUCAUACAUUCCUCCCAAUUUUUUCUUGGCAUUCUUUUCAGCUGGUUGUUGAAAGGAUGCUUGCAUCUGAGGGAAUAAAUAGGGUUGACAUGAAAAGAGAGGACUUUGUAAAUCGAGUUUGGGAGUGGAAAAAAAAGUAAGUGAUCCUGGCAAUUUAUUUCAUUAGUCUUUGGAGCUAUUAUGAGAUAAAAUUUUGAAUUUAUUAGUUUUCCUUUUCAUGUUUUAGAUGACUUUGCUGCCAAUCAAAUUUUGCAAGUACAUUUAAACUGGACAGGCCCUGAGUUGUAUCAAUUUUAGUUUGCUGAAACUAUGUUCUGACAUCAACUGAUGCAGUCUAUUCUAAUUACGUCAGGUAUGGCGGAACAAUUACAAGGCAGAUAAAGAGAUUGGGUGCAUCCUGUGAUUGGUCCAGGGAACGAUUCACACUUGAUGAACGACUGAGUCGUAAGGAAUUUCUGUAUUGGUUGUCCUUUUUUCAUUUUAAUAGAAACAGGAGACAUAAUCUUAAUUCUCUUUCUAUGAUAUAAAAUUUAGACCAGAAAUUAUUUUUUUUUGUCGGCCGUUGUUCAGUGAGCCAUUACUAUUGAAGAUUUUGUAGAGCUGUUCAAAGUUAUAUUAGAUAAAAAAUAGCUAGCCUCACAGUUUUAAUUUUUUGAUGGAAAAUAAUCCCAUAGAUUUGGGAGAUAUUUCACUUGUAAAUUAAUUUGAUUAAUUUUGAAAAUGUUUGAUACACCCCCUAAGUUUGUUGAUAAUUAUUUACUGGAAGACUCAUAAAGGAACUUAGUCUGUGAUAUUGAUUUCUGUUGCUGUGCAAGAGAAGGCAAAAAAUGAUAGAGAGAGCGUAAAGACCUUCAAAAGGUAUAAAAGCAUUUGGAAAUAAAAAAGAGAAUGACAUUUGACUUUCCUAUUCCUUUGAAACUUCCUUCGACAGUGUUUCCUGCUGCAUCCUCUUGGUCAUUUUUAUUUCCUUUACAUGUGCUGCUGAGCUGAAAAAUAAAUGAAAGAAUGGGAUUCAUGGGCAGGGUUGCCAGAGGAGAUGGGUUUUCUUCAAAAGUCUCAUUUUUAAAAGAUAAUUAAAGCCUUAAACUACUCUUUUUAAAAGUUACCUACAAAUGGCUAAAUCGGGAUCCAAUGCCGGUUCUACCUACUAUGUUUUCUAUGGGAUGGGCACCAUUGAACACGUAGUUUGUAUUGUUCUGAAAUCUACAACCAUCUUCUUUAUCAAUCUUAUCUUUGUGCAUGCGCAUUUACAUAUUGUUUUGGUGUCUUUGUGUAGUAGUUUUUUAUAUUUACCAAAACAAUCACAUUGGUGGACACAUUUGCAUGUGAAAUACUAUCACAAAAUGCUUCCUGAGAAAUUUAGAGCAUUGUGUCUAUUUUCAUUUCUCAUACUUCUAACAAUUCUGUCAGUUUGUCUAAAUUUAGAGCAUUGUGUCUAUAUGGAUGUAUACAUCACUCUGUACUGUGUCACACAGAUAUCCGUGAGCACAUUUUUUACCAUCCCAUGGAUUUGGCUCAUCAUUGCACCCUUUAUUUUCUAUCAUGUAUGUUUCACUCUAACUUUUCUUUUGUACCACCCACUCAAUUAUUUAUCUCUAAGUACAAAAUUCUUGCUGUCAUUACUUCUCACUCAACUUGUGCAUGCUUGUAUUAUGUUAGUCAUUCUAGAUAUUUUGCAUACCUACGUUUCUGAAUCUUUAUUUUUGAAUGUUUGCAGAAGCCGUUGUUGAGGCAUUCAUUAGGCUUCAUGACAAAGGUCUAAUAUAUCAAGGUUUGAACUAUCCGAUCAUCACAUGCUUCUCACUUGUGAAACCACUUUUCAUUUAUUUAUUAACAAGGAAAACUCUCUGUAUCAUUUUGUCGGUGAUGCAUUCUUGAUCAUUAAUUUCUGGUAUUAUCAAUGUCUAUGCUUGCUAUGCUUAUUUCUCCCUACGCCACCAUCAUUCAGAGAUCUAGUCACGCCUAGUUGAUGCGGCUGGUGGCUUUUAUUAUCAUAAUUUAUUUCUUAGUGCCAAGAAAUCACUUUUCAUUUAUCUAUCGCAAAAAAAAUAUCAUAUUUAUUUUUGCAAUAGACGAUUGUAAAUUUAGUUUCAGACAUUAAUUUGAUUUAAUCAGUUGAAUUCAAUUUUCCUUUUUCUUUGGACCUGAACUUUAGGCAGCUUCUACGUUUCGAGUGUUAUUUUAUGAAGUGGAGGUUGAAGAUAAUGUUGUGAUGGUAUACUCAAUAAUAGAGUGUUAAAUCACUCUGAACCAAAAUAAAGUUGUUGUUUACUGAAUUCUAAAGGCCUUUAGAAGGCUUGCUUCUCGGUUUGGGUGGUUUCUUAUUUGUUGUGGAGUGACUUUCAUUUCUUAAAUGGAGUAUUUGGCAGUUAAUUUGUGAUGACCUUGCUAGCGCUACACUAACCAAUAAUGGACUAAUGUCUGUAUGAUCUAAAAUUACGAUUUCUUCUUUAAAUUUACUAUCCACCUGAUGGGUUUAAAGUACACAAAUAUUAAUAUUGAUUUUUAGAUAUAACAUACUUAAUCAAUCGUCAGAUAUUUUUAGAGGUAUCCCGUUUGAAGUCUUCUGAGCAUUAUUUCUUUCAGUAGGAUUCGUGACUACUGCCUCUUUUGUAUGAAUUAAGGAUCCCUGAAAGUUUAAAGUAGUCUCACUGACGUGAUUAUGUUUGGCAUAAGUUUGGAGAUCAAGUUUUCAUUUUUGAAAUAUCAUAUGAUUUGUCGAACUUCAGUUUCAAUAAGCUCAUUGGCAUGCAAGAUUUUUCUGAUACGCGAAGUCUGGUUUUUUUCUACUGUUCAAGAGCUUAUAAUGGUGUGAUUUGUUGUAUUCCUGAAGAGAAGCACACAUAUAUGUAUUCUAUCUGCAUAUUGUUUUCCUUGUGUCUAAUUUUUGCACGUUUAUUGUCUGACAUGCAUGUUAGCCUUGACCUUUGAUAUCGGUAUAUAUGCAGCAAAAUAUCAUAGAAAUUUCCAUAUUCAGUUUUUCUGAUCCAUAAGAUCAAUGUAUUUCAUAGAACUGAGAAAUCGAUACUUCUUUUGCAUUUUGUAUCCCGAAUAAACAUAGAUUUUUAUUGCAACCUUUCACCCUGAUGUGGGUUGAUGUAUUUGAGUAUUCCAAUUGCAUGAAGUUUAGUCUGAAGUCCAUUUUAUUUAGGCUCUGGUUUUGCUUGGAAACAAUGACAGCCGAUUCUUUCAAUUGUAUAAUGUGAUUUUGUACCAUUAAAAUUUGUUCAUUUCAGGUUCUUACAUGGUGAACUGGUCUCCUAGCCUUCAAACUGCAGUUUCUGACUUGGUAUGUCAUGUUUUGGUACCAGAGCAUUCGUUUCUUUUUUAGUAGGGUUAGCCUAACUCACCUGGCCCACUUUUGCAUUUGGCCCAAAUACUAGUUCUGACCUGGUCUUUGUUAAGUGAAGAUGAGUAGUGAUCUUGUACUUAUUUAAUAGUGAUGUUACGUAGCGAAGAAUGUUUAAGUCCUAUACUUCCUCUAAUUGUGUCAUGCAUUAUUGAUUCUUUUUUUAAAAUGCUAUUUUUUUUGAACGGUCAAUGCUUCAUUUGCGACUGAUAUCCUUUAGAUACAUCAGGGACUAGAUGUAGCAAAACCUAGAUCACGUGGUAUUUGUUUUACAAUAAAUCCAAUAAAAAGCGUUUCAGUUUACGUGGAUCCCAUUCUUCCUACAUAAAUAGGAGCUUAAAACAUUUUGUAUUGUAUUUGACGUUGAUCUUUGUGAAUCCCCUCAAAUUCACAUGUGACAGGAUACGAGUGAACUAAGAGAAAGUAGGCAGUAGGGGAGGGCUGUAAUGCCCAGCCCCCAACGUGGGAUCUCAAAGCCUCUUCAUAAAAUUUGUAUUAUACAAAAUGUGUAAAGUAAAUUUGGAAAAAAAAAAACAGCAGCAAUAGGUGUACACUCAUCAAAACAUACACUUCUACACUCAUCAUGUUCAGUACGCUGCCAACAUGUUCUCCAUGAUCCUUUUGGGCACGAAGCAACUUUAAAUUGGAAGGAAAACGAGGGCUUUACUCCAUUGUGGUUAAAUUCCCUCGUGUGGAAAGAUCUCUACAAGCAAACACAACUGAUGGAUAAAGGACACGUUAUCUCUAUUUUUUUCAAAAUUUUUAUUUAGUGUGAAAAUCUAAAACCAAUUGCCCUAUACUUAAAAUUAGGCCUAAGGAUUAUUCCUAGAUCCAGGACCAUCUCUCAGGAACAAAAAGACAACUAGAUCCUGUCUUCCCGGACUUCUCACAGACAACCAGAAACAAAAAGAGUGCAAGUCACAUCUGCCACAGCAGGUCCUCCCACUGAGACAGCCCUCUUCUUUUUUUCUGUUCAUUCACCAUGGCACAAAAGACUGAAGAAGUUGAAGUGCAGAAAACAUGCCGUCUCUGGCACCAGUAUAUCAGUAGUUGACAAUUUAUCCAGGAGAUGAUGGGAUAGCACAGGUCUCCAUGCCUACAGAGGCACAGCUUUGCCGCAGAUCCAACAUUAUAUUUAGGAUAUAAAGCUUUAAAAUAUUAGAUUGCUCCAAUCUUUUUUUUUUAUUGAAUCCCAAAGCUUUUUUUAGUCGUAGAACAGUUGUGUAUGUGGCAUCAUUGACUGGUGUCUAAGUAUAUAGGUAGUCAUAUGCUUAUAUGAUACAUUUAUGUUAUUUCACUCAGUUCCUGCCUUAGGGUGAGUUAGUACUACCAAGAAAUUCCAAAUUUUCGUAUAUAUGAUGGAAAAAUCCAUCAUUAUUUGGGAAAAAUACAAAUAAGAACCCUCAAUAGAAAUAAAGCUCUUCAGUCAUCAUUGCCUAGGAUUGAAUUAAUUUUAACACAGUGUCAUAUAUUAUGAUACAGGCAUACCUAGAAUCAUUGCACAUUGGAAAAUAACAAAUAAAACUUUCGAGGUUAGAGAGAGUCUGAAUCUCCUAAUUCCUAAUUGAUUUUGAAAUUAAUUGCCCAAUAUCUUAACAUGGCAUUAUCUGGCCUUUAUGGAAGUAGUUCAUCCGAUGUAAAUGCUAAGAAAUGUUGGAAACUAGUUAGUGCUGUUCAUUGUUCUUGUUAUGGUUGGUUGAGCCCAUUAGUUCUUGAACGUACUCAGCCCGCUAGGCUUAUUUUGUUGAAAUGAGAGUAGUCUUUCUUUACCAUCAGUGCCUAGGGUUUCUAGGUGCUGCUCCAUUUAUUCUCUGACCGUUCUCAACACUAGGGGUUUCUAGGUGCUGCUCCAUUUAUUCUCUGAUCUUUCCCAACACCCAAAGGUUUCUAGGUUCUGCUCCAUCCUCCCUCCAAUCCAAAUUAUAUACGGUCAAGUUCAACGGGCAAUGGGGGGAGAAAAGCUAUCUUUAUAACUACCUUAUCUUUAUUUACUAUUUUUAAUAUGAAACUAUCCUGACUUGCACCCUCGUAUGUAAGUCAACUAUUGAGCUUCGUUAUAUGCACCAUAUAAAUGGAUACAUGCGGUACAGAAGAAUGGAUAUCUAGCUCGGGAAUCACAUAUUUUUCGAAUGAAUCUUGGCAACUGGCGAUCGUAGGGAAGGGUGUUUGAAUUGGAAUUGGAUAGUGAACCGCCAGGAAGUCAUGAACUGUGCUUUGAGGUUGCACAUGCAGAGGUUGUUUGCAUUUGUCACCUUUGCUGGGGGAGUGGGUGAAUAGAUUUGCUCAUGAGAAUAGAGGGAACAGCACUAGGAGUUAACUUGACUGUUUCCGCUGCUUCCACCUUUUGUGGUUCCCUAUAAUUCGGCUGAUGUUGGGUGUUGAAAGGAAACAUGGGUGUUUUCAUAUUUUCCUUUUGAAAACGGGAUUCUCUGCAUACAUUGUUUCAUAAAUAUUAGGAAAAGUCAUCCAUACACCCAUCUAAAACUUCUAAACGUAGAACUACAUAAGGACAUUGUCCCCUUGCCUUUUGGGGUUGACAAUUUCAUGCCUACGUUCUUGACGUGGUUUGCUCAAGUUUCAUGGAUACAUAACAAGGCUUCCCUGUGAGUUUAUUAACUUAGAUGUCCCUGAAGGCAUAUGAACUCCAAGUUGAAAACCGCACAGCAUGGUACAUGUUGUUACAUGUCUCAAAUGAUCUAUAAUCAUUCCACAACCAUUAAAUCACUAGUGAUUUAUUUCUUUAUUUUCUUGCUAUUUUAUUUUUUCAAUGAUUUUCUUUAUUGAUGAACAAAAAAUUAUUUUUGUCUAAAACUAAUGCAUCAUUCUUCUUCCUAUGUCCAGGAAGUUGAGUAUUCUGAAGAACCUGGUUCUCUGUACCAUAUCAAGUAUCGGGUUGCUGGAGGGUACUAACUUUGCACCCGGGUUUAGGUUACAUAAGAGAACUUCCUUUUCACUAGUCUAUCGUCUUGGUAUUGAUUUAAGCGUUUCCUUGCUCCUGUGAUGGUUACUUGGAUGUAAUCUAUCAAUUCUUAUCUUUUAGAUUUAGCCAUGCUUUUUUCCCCCUAUUAUCUUAUGUUUGUAUUAUCAAUCAUGUAUUAUUCUUCACUUCAUUUUCUAGGUCCAGAAAUUCAUCAAGAUUCCCUCUUUACCUGGUCAUUGGGAACCGCUUAUUGAGAUUUGUCUUUUGAUGCUGUCAAAAAGUCUUGAGGUUUUUCAGUUUAUUUGUUGUAGGUUGUGAUUUCUUUUGGGCUGAAUUGGUUUGAUUGAUUGAAGUUUGUCUAUGAAGAACCUUUGAGAAACGUUCUCUGGCAGAUAAUCGAAUUCUGUGCUACAAAUUCGAAUACGACCAUACUCAUAUUUCUUGGUCAUCAUUUUUUAGAUCACUAUACGCAGAAGGAUAUAUGUCAAUGUCACUGCCAAUACUUGAACUCUUUUAAUUCGUAAAGUUUAAAUAGAAUCGCUAGUCUAAUAUAGGCAGUGGUCCAAUGAGCCUUACUGCAUAUUGUUAUGCUCAUUUUUUUAGGAGUGAUUAUCUGACAAUUGCAACCACACGUCCAGAGACAUUGUUUGGUGACACUGCUGUUGCUGUGAAUCCUGAGGUAAAUCUAUUUUCGUAUGUUCUACAUAAAUUCACUGAGCAUGUAGUUAAUAAUGUGAGGCAACUAAUCUUUCUCUUUAGAUAUUAUUGAUCCUUGCUUGGGAACCCUUGUGAAGUCUGAAGUAUUUUUUGGGGUUCUGUGUCAUGCUGGCAAUGGAUUUCAAAGCAGUUUCUACGUCACUAGCAUUAGAAUUUUUUUCGUCCCGUAGUAAUAUUGAUUCCAUUUUGGUUCUGUUUUCUCAAGAGCCUUAGCUAUCCCUUUUUACUGCUUCGUGUAUCAUUGAGACAUUUAUGUUAUUCUUCAUUUCUGAUUAUUUGGUUUGGAUAUUCAUAUUUUAUUCCUGCAUGAAGUUUCACAUUUCGAUUUUUGAAAUAAAUCUUUUUGCGAAUUUAUGUAAUUCAUCUACUCGAUGGAUUAUGAUAUUCAUUUUGUUCCUCAUUUUUGUGCAGGAUGAGCGUUACUCCAAGUAUGUAGGCAAAAUGGCCAUUGUACCCAUGACAUUUGGUCGGCAUGUUCCAAUCAUUGCCGAAAGAGUGCGAUUCCGAAACCUUAAUUUGCAUUUUUUCUUCUUUCUACUGUUGGGAAAUUCAUUGAUAUUUUUAUUUAUAGGUUAGCUAACUCAUCUUUUACAGGGUCUGUUUUUCUUAGUGUAUUGGCGAUUUUAACACUAUUCAAGUAACUUAUCCUCAAUUCACAAUCAUUUUUUAACCUACGUGCCUGGGCAUUUUUCUUUUCUUUUUCUCCUUUCCAGUGGAUUUGGUUUGAUGUCGAGCAAUCCAUCUCCAUGUUCAUCUGACUUUCAUCUAAAUGUCAUUUAUGUCAUUCUUAUUGUGGUAUGUAGUUUAGUCUUUUCAUGGGGAUCCUUGUUUGUGGACAUUCUCUUAUACAUGGCAGGCAUUCCUCAUCAGAAUUUCUUUUUAUCUACUGUGUUUAUAUGUGCUAUCUCUUUUUCGUGUUGAUUAUUUUGGUUUUAACUAUUAAAGAAUCGGAGACUUACAGUAUGUGGACAAAGAAUUUGGCACUGGAGUCCUGAAGAUAAGCCCUGGACAUGAUCACAACGACUACCUUCUUGCUAGAAAACUGGGCCUUCCAAUUCUUAAUAUCAUGAACAAGGAUGGAACGUUAAAUGAGGUGGCUGGAUUGUACAGGCAUGUGCGAACUAUAUAGUAUAUUUGUUGACCUCAUAGGCUAUUUUGUUGAUGCCUUUUUAGACAUUUUAAGCUGUUCCUUUUCUGCCAGUGGUUUGGAUCGGUUUGACGCACGGAAGAAAUUGUGGGCAGAUCUUGAAGAGACAGGUCUAGCAGUGAAGAAAGAACCGCGUACCAUGCGAGUUCCAAGGUCCCAACGGGGUGGAGAAGUAUGCCAGAUCAUUUAAAUCUGAGUGUUUUGAAUUUAUAAUGCUGUUUUUUUCUGUAUAGACUAUUUAUGUGGAUACUUUCCUUUUUCAUAUUUUCAAUCAGGUGAUCGAGCCACUUGUAAGUAAGCAAUGGUUUGUAACAAUGGAACCAUUAGCCGAGAAGGCCCUCCACGCAGUUGACAAAGGGGAAUUAACCAUCAUUCCUGACCGAUUUGAAAAGGUAUCAAAUUGAUCAUCAUAAACUAACUUUUUUUUUCGCUUAUAAAAAGUGUGUUAUCAUCUGUUUCACUCAUGAUGAUGGAGAUAUUUUGUUCUUGAAUAGAGAAUGGGCAUUUACUAAAGUUUCACUUUAUGUUCUUGUCAUAUUUCCACUUCUUCUCAUCUCUGCAAAUUAUUUUUAAUUUCGAGUGGAUCUCAAUGAAAAAAAAAGCUUUUAAUGCAUAGUGGGAAUGAGUAGACUUCAUGUAUAUCAAACAUUUAUUUUACUUUUCUUUUUGCUCCCUUUCUGUAGAUAUACAGACAUUGGUUAUCAAACAUUAAAGACUGGUGCAUAAGCAGACAGUUGUGGUGGGGACACCGCAUACCAGUUUGGUACAUUAUUGGAAACGAUAGUCAAGAUGACUACAUUGUUGCGAGGAAUGCAUCAGAAGCGCUUGAAAAAGCUCGUGAAAAGUUUGGGCAAAAUGUGGAAAUAUACCAGGAUCCUGAUGUCCUCGACACAUGGUUUUCAAGGUUGAUUCUCCUAUCAUGUUACCAUUUUAUUAUUUUUUUCUGGCAUUAUAUGUAUAAGGCUGUCAAAACAUGUACAAGACAUUAUAGAUGUCAUGUUUAUGUGCACGAUACCCUUCCAACUUUCUACUUCGAAAAAGAGGAAACAUAAGGAAAGGAUGAAAAGGGGAUUGUAUGAGUCUACUUGGUGUCUGACUCAUUCUUUGAAACAAAGUUAAAUUGACUGACUCAAUAUGAUGUACUGCCCAGACAAUUCAGAUCUGUUGCCUUCAAACUUUAAAACAUAGAACCAUAUCUUUUAGAAUGUUUAGAUUGACGAAUGUUUAUAUGUGAGUUGGAACCACGUCUUAAUCCUAUAAUCUUGAAAAUGCUGGGGGAGAAAAAAGAGUUGAGUUGCCACGUUAAGAAAAACAAUUAAGGAAUAUUUUUGGUUUCCAUUCCUUACGAAUAGAAAUCUAAUUAGACUAAAUUCCUAACUGAGGGUGGAAACAAAAAAUUAGCCUAACCAGCCUGUAUAGGUAAAACAGAGCCAAUUUGUUUAGGCUACAGAAAGACGAUCAUGCAUGUGCUUUUUAUAUGUGAACCGAGGGAUCGAAUUACCUUAUGUUAAGAUUUAUUGACAUCUUCGGUUGGUUGUAAGCUUUUACUCAUAAGUUUCUAAUUUGUGAGUUCUUCAUUUUUCCCAUUCUGAAGGAGACCAAAAUUUCUGUUGCUGUGCACGUCAGCACGUCUGAUAAAUGAAUGCUGGGUCUACAAUUUUUAUGAAAUCAAAAAUGGUGAUUUUAUUUUUGUGGCUAAAUGUUUGAAAUGUGUGACUCAUUUCCGUGGCAUAUUACUAUGAAUGGAUGCACGGUUAGUGUAUUGUGUAUCUUAAAACAAUUUCUCUUUUAGUUGCUGAACUUAUUAUGUUCAUAUUACAAAGCUAUUCUUUCACUGACAAGGCCCUUUUUUUUUGUACGUAUAGUUCAUUGUGGCCUUUCAGUACGCUUGGUUGGCCGGAUGCUUCAGCGGAGGAUUUCAAGCAUUUCUAUCCAACAACCGUUCUGGAAACUGGGUCUGUAUACCCUUCAUUUUCUCUGAGUAUUAUAUUCAAGAAUAAUGAUUUUAAGCUGGGAAACAGGGCCCGGCAAAGAUUAAAAAUUGUCGAACACGGGAUAUCAUUUUCAUGUGACUGUUUCGUGGUAGUUGCCUGAACAGAGCAUUUCCCUCUUCAUUAUCCUGGCAUCGACGGCUUGUAAUUUUUCUCGUUGAACUUUAAUAUUUAAAAAGUGACAUUGGCUACAUUCAUUAUCCUGGCAUCAACGGUUUGUUAUUGUUCUGUGAGGUUUUAUUGAGGCCUGGUUGCUGUUUAUAAUGUUCAGAAGCAAGAAAUGACAGUCUUAAUUCUCUUUCUAUUGGGUGCUAUUUCUAACUUGAAGGGCAAAGCCUUUAUGAUGUUUCUUAAUUUUAAAACUUGGAUGGACGACGAGUUAGCUUCCUCUACGCAAGAAAUUAUUUUCUGAAAUUUAGAAAACGUUACCCACCAGUAAUGUUUCCAAUUUUCACUAGUAAACAUAACUAAAAAAGGUAUAAAUUUGGGAACGGAAAUGAUUUAAAAUUAUUUUCAAUCAUUAGUUUCAAUGAAGUCCUUGCUGUUUAUUGUGUUUAUUGCAACAGUUUAAAUAGGCACUUCAUGAGUCAUUGGCUAGAAUUAAGCUAUUUACGUCAAUAAUGAUAUUAGUAAGUUGUUGGCUAAAAUUGAUACCUCACAUGAUACUUACGUCAUUGCAAGAUAUCGAACCCCCACAGACAGGUUGUGAGCACAUAAACAAAAUAGAUAGGCAGUAAAUAUCCACUUCUCCAUUCCCUGUCACUGAGAUCUUGCUGUAAAAUUCUAAAUUGCAGAUAUAAAAAAAUUGAACUCAUUCUGGGGGAUUUGAAAUUGGUAAUUGUUGUGUCUUGGAACUUUGAAGUUACUUUGUUGCUGAAUCAUUGUAACUUGUGCCCAGAGAUGCUCAGAGAGAGAACUCAUUAUCUUUUCAGUUUUUUUAAAAAAAACUGCCGACAGCUGAUGUAAGGCAGGGAUUAUCUCCCAAGUACAGUUAUUCCCUUUUCACCAAGCCAUGGAACAAAUUGGUUUAGUCCUGUGCAGCUGGCCCUUGUUGAACUGCUGAGCAUGUGAUGACAGUCGAUUUCAGUGUUAAUUGCUCCAUACAAAUUACCAAGAUAAGAUGAUUCUGUUUGAGCACAUCUUAAACAAAUUGUCUAAAUUGUACUGCAGUUUUUUGACCCAGUUUUCCUUUUCUCAUAUUGAAUACAGUUUGACUAGUGAAUAAUGUCAUUUGAGAUCCCCUUCUUUGUUCUGGCAGACAUGAUAUCUUGUUCUUCUGGGUGGCAAGAAUGGUCAUGAUGGGAAUUGAGUUUACUGGGACUGUUCCCUUUUCUUCUGUUUAUCUCCAUGGUCUUAUUCGUGACCCUCAAGUGAGUUGUUAUUUUUCUAUUUACUUCAAUUUAUUUUAUUUCAAUAUAAUCAUUUUUGGCUAACAAAGUGCAUUGAAAUUUAUAUUUACUUGAAAAAGAAUGCAUACUACUGAUCCAUUUGUGCCUCAUCGGUUAAACGGUUCUGAUGAAGAGAAAGUUGUUUUUCUCCAAUUGAAUCUCCUUUUCUGACUAGUAUUUGCUAGAAUCCAACAUUUCCCUUCGUCUGGGAAAGAGCAGAGGGAAAUCACCUUCCAUAGUGUGAAACACAUUCAACCAUUUAUAUACUUAAUAUCAAAUUGCACAGGGCUGACAGAGUGAUUGCCUGGAUAGAUUCUUUUAAGGUUGAGGAUGUCAGCUGCUCCUUUUUUUUUUGUUAUCACCUUUUCCUCUAUACCGCUUUUUCCAGCUUCAUCUUGUUAAAAGAUCAUAGUAUUCAUGUUCAGAAUGUUACUUUCUCCUAGCACGAGCAAUUAUCAAAGCAUUCCCUUUUUACUUCAUUGGAAGUGAAUUCUGUCAAAAGCUGAGCAAUAGACCAUCUGCUAAUUUACUGGUCAUGUUAAAAAAUGAAACUUCUCGUCAUUUGUCUUUAGAUAUAGUGAUUUCUUGAUCAUCUACCCCUUCACCCUAUUGUUAGAAUUCAAAAGUCCCUCUUUUGGUCGUGCUUCAAGGAACCUAGUUUCCUUUCAAUAGAUUCAUCUUUAACAUAUGUUGAAAAGGCUUCAAGGGUGAGGAUAAGCAUUGAAUGAGAGAAGUGAAUGUACUAACGAUAAAUAGUUCGUGAUAAGUUAUCAGUACAAUACCAUGGUAGAAAAGGAUCUUUAAUUGUGAUCCAUGACGGGAACUUUUGAUUGUUGUGGAUUGUAUGCUUCAGCUUUAGCCGCAUCAAUGACGGACAGUUCAUCACUGCAUCUCUUGACUGAAUUCUCCAGCUGUGGGCACAUGCAUAAAUGAAAUUGGUCUGUGGAAUUGUGAUUACUAUUUUUUCAUUGAUGAUCCUCAUGCCAUGUAAAUAAUUAUUCCCUAUCCCAUUACAUAAAACCUUUGGGAGUUGCAUGCUCUAGAUGAAUAUUUAAUGUUUAGCCUCACCAACAAUUGUUGAAAUGUAAUAGAUUGAUGGUUGGAUGUUAUUUUGAAUAUGAUGUCUUUACAAACCGUUUCAGGGACGAAAAAUGUCAAAGACAUUAGGAAAUGUCAUAGAUCCUAUCGAUACAAUAAAAGAGUAUGGGACAGACGCUCUGAGAUUCACCCUCUCCUUGGGAACUGCAGGGCAGGUAAUGUUGCUUUCAAGCUUAAAUAAAUUUUACACUGACUCACGUAUAGAUUAGUUGAUUCGUGGAGUAGAUGUGGCAUCAAUUUUUUUUUGUUUACUGACAUGUAAUAUGCAGGAUCUCAAUUUAUCCAUUGAGAGAUUAACUGCAAAUAAGGCAUUCACGAACAAGCUCUGGAAUGCAGGCAAAUUUGUUUUACAGAACUUGCCUAAACAAAAUGAUGCCGACUCCUGGGAAAACUUAUUAGCGUUUAAGGUAUGCUUUCUUGCUCUCAAUCUGUGGAUCAGCAUAUAGCAUGAAAUGUGGCGAAGACAUGCCAUUAAUCUCUGGAGGAUGUUUUCCCUCUUCCUGCUUUCUUCUCGUUAGGUAUUUUAUUUUUGGUUACCAUCCCAUUAUUGAUAAGAGAAUUGAUAUUAUUCUUUUCCUGCAGUAGUGAUGCCAACCCAAUAAAUUUAUUAUGUCUAUAGUUGUGUGUUCGUAUAGUGUUCACAUGUUUUACGACCUUCUUAGGUUUCAAUUUAAUAUUUUUUUAGCAUUUCUGUUAUUUCUUUAAUCUCUGUUGCUGCUUAAUCCAGUGUGAUACAGAAGAAGCGCUUCAGAUAUUACCAUUGCCAGAAUGCUGGGUGGUAAGUUCAUUCUUUACUAUUCUAUUCUGUCCAUAGCUCUAGUGACUCACAGAGGUAUUAUGCCUUGUUUAGAUCUCAGAACUCCAUGAGCUCAUUGACACCGUUACUUCAAGUUAUGACAAGCUUUACUUCGGAGAUGCUGGUAGAGAAAUAUAUGACUUUUUUUGGAGUGACUUUGCUGAUUGGUAAGAUGGUUCCUGAUGAUAAUUGUCCAUUUAAUUUUCGUCACUUCUUUCAGCAUUCACGUAGACGCUGUUUGAACAUCUCGAAAUUAGUCGAGUACUUUAAAUAAUAUUUUCUAGCCAUAUUUUGCAUGUUUUGACGUUUUGAUGUCAGAAUCUGGGUCACUGCUGCUAUGGCAGUGCGAGUUCGAAGUUGGCAUCUGAGUUUCUUUUCCCUGUCCUUGGAGACAUUUGAUUGUUGGGAUACUCCUUGCAAUGUAAAGUUUCGAAACUGAGGUUUCAAAGACUUUCCGAAAAAUCUUCUGGCAAAAAGCUUUCAGGAUUUUUGCAACCGCAGUUGAACUGGAAACGCACCAGAGUUCAGAGAGCGGUAAAAUUGUCUUCACUACAUAGAAAUCUGGCAAAAAAGUCAAGCUGAUUAGGGGGAGAAUAAUAUAUAAACUGUCAAAAGAUGAGGGAAAAAAUGAGCUGAAAUAUGUAGAUUCGUUGAAGACAAGAUUUAAAUCUUAAAUAUGUUUGUCCUUAUUUUCUACAGAAAUUUAUUGGUGAACAUUUAUUUUUUAUAAUUUUAUGGCUAUUUUACGCCGUAAUAUUUUAAAAACAUUUAAAUUCAAAAUUAGGUGUACUCUAAGUACCCUGUCUUGUUAGCUUGCUAGAAGGUAAUGAAGUGAUUGCCUUAAAUCCUUGGUUUUAUUGUUGACUGCUAAACUUAUGCAUAAGAAUCGUAUCAGUUCUCUACUAUAUACUUUUUAAGUCAUCAGUCAGGUUGCUGAUCUUGCAGGUACAUCGAAGCUAGUAAAACUCGUUACUACCACUUGGAAAACCCUUCAGCUUCUGCUACUGCACAAGCCGUGCUUCUAUAUGCCUUUGAAAACAUUCUAAAGCUGCUGCACCCUUUUAUGCCGUAUGUAACAGAAGCCCUGUGGCAGGUAAGACUUUCAAUUUCAUAUUUACUAGAAAAUGUGCUUAAAUUAAGCUUCAGAGUGGUGAUUGACUGUUGACCAGCCUCUUUAAAGAUAUGCUAGAAUAUCAGCGUUCUGAAGUUUGGUAAAAUAACCUCAUAGGAACCGACCAUUGUCUGGUAAUCCUGGCCCAGAAUCAGAUUGUACCUAAAAAAAAAUGAAGAACAACUGUGAAAGUAAAUAUCUAAAAAAAUCGAUAAUCCUGAAGAAAAAUAAACGGGACAUCCAAAAUUAUCUGGACGAAGAAAAAUGCCAGAAGUAUAUACCGCAGUUCAUUCGUCAGUAUUUAGUAACUAGAGGUCACCUCCUAACAAACGUAUCGUGGAUCUCUGGCAUUAAAUGCACAUGCAAAAAACACCUAAACAUAAAAGAGACAAGUUGUAAACUGUUAGGCGUGGCCAUUUAUUUCAUUUAGUGGUUAUCCAAAUGAGUGGGAUGCUUCUAUUUUUAAGCUUCAUAAUACAUUCGCAAUCAAUGAACCAUGUAAAUCCGAAUCCCCAUGUGUAGGGGUAUCUAGUUGGGUUGGACCCUUCUCUUUUCUUCCUUCUUCUUGCCCCUCUUUUCUCCUAGUCUGAGGAUACAAAUGGCUGCCUACCAUGAAUUAAUGUUGCCCUUUGGCGGGCUUUCAGGUUUCCUCCAGAAUGUUGGGGCAGUGCAUGAGAGAGACACAGUUUCAUGUACAGAUUCAGCAGAAGAGACACGGUAUCUUCCCUCUGUAACAGGGAGACAGCUGUCAGGAAACCUCUUAUUGUCGAUGAGAACAUAGACUUCUUUCUGUUAGAAACUUCUCGUGAAAACCACUAAGGUUUUCUAGUUGGUUUUCUCUGUCCUAUGCACCAUAUAAUUAUCGUACUCUAUAGUCCAUGGAUACGGGGCUUCUCAUUCUGACUGGAUAUUGUCAAGGAUUUGUAAUUGGUGGAUGAUAUGACUGUAGAGGUCUAGUAUUUCCAUUUUUCCUCAUCCUUAGCCUCAUGGUAAAGGAAAGCAUUAGUAACACGAUUGCCUUUGAUAAUUACAUUUCUAAUUAAAAUCGUUGAUGCUUCUCCAAUGAAUGGCCCAAGAGUUUGGUCCACCUUUACAAACCUGAGCAGCACAUCACUUGCUAUGCGUGAUGCUUUUAUUUGGAACCGUUGUUCUUCUCAUAGUCGUCUGCUGUUUUUCUAAAAGUAAUGCAUAAUAUUCAGGCACUUCCCCAUCGAAAACAAGCCCUCAUUGUUGCUGAUUGGCCCGCGACUUCCCUUCCAAGGGAUGCAAAGUCUGUGAAAAGGUUUGAGAAUUUUCAGGCUUUGGUAAGUUUGAAUCUCCCCAGAAGAAAUACAGUUUUCUUUCCAAGAAAAAUGCCAUCACCCAUUAUCCCUCCACCUCCUCCUGUGGCUAAUGCAGAUGUCUCCUCAUAUGCUUGUCGCAGAUUCGAUCUAUCCGGAAUGCAAGAGCAGAAUACUCUGUUGAGCCAGCAAAACGUAUAUCUGCAGCGAUAGUUGCCAGCACCGAUGUCACUGAAUAUAUAUCUGUGAGCUCAGUCUUCUUGUUACACCUUUCUCUGCUUCAUUGUGGGUUUUGCCCCCCAGCUUCCUUAUUGCUUUCUGAACUAUUGUCCAACCAAAGCCCCUGAUUAGAAACCCCAAGAACUUCAUACUUACAUUUCUAUAGAGGUAUAGGAUAUAUUUAAUAAGUAAAACACACUGCGUUUUACUCUUUAUUCUGAGCUAUAAUAACUAUAAUUGAAUUGCAUUGUGUAGCAUUCAAAAAUAAGAUUGAUCAUUAAAAACUAAAUUGGAUUGGGCCCGAAAAUUAGCUUUUUUAAAUUGAGUUUGCUUGUAUACUAUCUGGGCUUCAUUUCUUUGAAGGUUUUCGAUUUGUGGUCUAUUACUACUGGGGGCAUUCAUGUCCUAUUUGGUUUCCUCACCCUGGCAUUGACCCCUUUUCUAGAGUGAGAAAGAGGUCUUAGGACUGCUCUCAAAGCUUGACCUGCAGCACGUUCACUUCAUGGAAUCCCCGCCAGGUGACCUUCCAAACCCACUGUGCUCAUCUGCACUCUCCUCUUUAUUGAAGUCGUUCUUGUGGCCGAUGGUCAGCUACUAAUGACCGUUGCUGCCCUGCUGCUCUAGUCUAUGCGAACCAGUCGGUCCACCUGGUAGUUGGGGAGGGGCUCGAGGCCUACCUCCCUCUGUCAGACAUGGUUGAUAUCUCCUCGGAGAUGCAGCGCCUCUCUAAGCGCCUCACCAAGAUGCAGUCGGAGUAUGCAUCCCUCCUCGCACGGCUCAAUUCUCCCAGCGUACGUCUUCAAGCUUGAGGGCCCUUCUCUUUUACCCUUUCUUGGUGGAGAGAGAGAGAGAGAGAGAGAGAGAGAGAGAGCAGAUUUUGGAUGCUCUGUGAGAUCAUAUGCUGCCAUUUUUGCAGUUUGUGGAGAAGGCGCCGGCUGAGGUUGUUUUGGGGGUGAAGGAGAAGGCAACGGAAGCGAAGGAGAAGAUCAGUCUGACCCAGAAGCGUCUUGUGUUGCUCGAGUCAAUGGCCUCCUCCAUCUCGGGGUAA